CAAGCCCAAUACGAUAGGCAAAGUCCAUGUACAAACCCAAAACUCUUCUUUCUCGCAGCUCUUUCACGGUAAACCCAAAACCUUUCUCUUUUCGUCUUCUCUCUGUGUCUGCGCCGUUGUUGUCAUCGUCUCUGUGCUCGGUUUGCUUGAAUUAGAAGACUAGAAAUGAUAAAGAGACGAUUCUACAGGCUAGAACAUGCUGAUACUAAUGAUGCUGCAGAUUCAUCUUCAUCCUCAGACUCAGAACUAGAAGGACAAGCCACAGAGGAAUCAGAAGAUGAUGCAGUUGCAGAAGUGAAUGGAAAUGAUGAAUCUUGCUCCACUUCUUCUGGAUAUGAGCGUGAGGAUAGCUCGGCAGAUGAGAUUAAUGUUGACUCAUCAGAUGAAGCCAAAAUUGGAAAUGGUGAAGAAAUUUUUGAAGAUAAUGAGCUUUCAAGUAAACAUGGUGCUGAAGUGACAAAGUCUAACACUACAACAGAAAAGGCAUCAAUGCCAGCUGGUGUUCCAGACUGUGUACUGCAGAUAAAAUCUGUUUUUAGAUGCAGGAUUUGCCCAAGAAUUCUCUGUUUAACUGAGGAAACCUUGAGGGCUCAUCUCAAUUCCAAGAGGCAUGCUCGAUCUGAGAAAUUACUGAAGGAACACAGGUUGAAGGCCAUACUCAAUGAUGAUGGUGAAAUUGAGAACCAGGAGACAGCUGGAGAGAUGCAUGCUCGAAUUGUGGCUCUUGCUCAGAGCACCAAAAAAAUCAAAAAGAAAAACAAAAGACAACACCGAAAGAGGAAUUUGUCAAGCAAUGAGAAUACAGAUGAAAAUUUAGUCACUAAGAAGGCAAAGCAAUUGACCCAGAGCCCAGCCAAGAAAAGGCGUAAAGGCGAGAACUGAAGUGUAAAAUCAUACUUAUUGCAAGGGAUAAAGUGGCACCAAGGAAUUAAAUGAAGUGAUUUCCAGGUAGUUUCUACUUAAAUAUUAAAUUCAGUAUCCUUUGAUGCCAUGAGUUGUGGUGUAGAAGGUGCAAAGUAAUCCCUUGAAAUUGUUUGCGAUGUUAUUCUUGUUUUGAGCUUCAAGUGUUAGUUUGUUGGAUAAGGAGUUGUAUCAUGCUCAGAAAAAUUUUGUUUUUAACCCGGAAUUAAAAAGCUAAAAUUCGUGUUGUAGCUUCACAUCUUUCAUGCUACAUCAUUUUGUUA